AUGGCCCUUAAAAGCCGAGGGCCCAGCUAUUACGCUCAUUACACUAAUCGAUUUGGAGAAAUGAAGGGGAUGACUGGUAUGGCCUUGUUUCUGUGCCUUCUGAUGGCGUGUAGCGUUUCCGGUGAGUUGACCGUAUUCUCGGAUUUAAUCUUCAUUGAGUUUGUAGUGUAAUUGGAGCAAAACGGUUGGACUUUUUUGAAAGAAUAGUCUUUUACUAACUUUUAUGGCAAAAAAGACGUUUUCGAGUGGUGAUGGCUAAAUUAAUAUAAAUUUUGAUUCAAAUUCAGCACAGAUCUUACUAGGCAUAUAAGGGUCUAUUAAAGAGAUAAUAAAAAGUUAAGUCCAGGGAAAACACUUACUUUCACAGCUAUUUCGUACCAGAAAUUUCCAUUUUCUGUAUGAAUCAAGUACUUUUCUCAGCUAAUCGAACACUGAAUGGAAGUGACCCGAACGCACCUGCAGCACCUGUCAAUGGAUCAAACUCAAAUCUGCCCGCAUCAAAUGAUAGUCGAUCGGACGCAGAGUCACAAUCCUCUCCAAAUAAUACGUCUGGCCAAGCCGUCAUACCGUCUUCUUCACCAAGAAGUGCAGAUGCGCAGACCGAGCCCUCAGCUUCUGCAACCACAUUGAUCAACCUUGGCCUUGUUUUGACUGUUUUCUCCAUUUACCUUUAA